AUGGCGUCUCCAAAUGGAGGUGAGGACUUUGAGGGUUCUCUGCUAAGUUUUGAGAAUCUUGAUCGCGCCUCUCCGGAUCUGUGGCCCGAACAGCUUCCUGGAGUUGUGGAAUUUGCUGCGUCCUGUAAAAAUUCCUUCACAAAUUCACCGCCAAAGUGGAUGGCAGAGCUGGAAAAUGAGGACAUUGAAAUGCUAAAAGAACUGGGAAGUCUCACCACAGCUAAUUUGAUGGAGAAGGUCAAAGGUCUGCAGAAUCUUGCCUACCAGUUGGGCUUAGAAGAAUCUCGAGAAAUGACCAGGGGAAAGUUUCUCAACAUCCUGGAGAGGCCCAAGAAGUGA